UUUGCUUACAACACAGACCACGUGACCCACUUCAGACUGGAAUGGCUCCCACCACUGACUGAUUUUACACGCUGUGAAAAAGAUGGGAUUCUGUAAAGCUUUUCCUAAACCCAACAAAUCAGUUCGCUGUAAAGACGUUAAAACACGUCGGAUUAAAGUCACUGUGAGGAGUAAGAGGAGCGAGGCGCUGGAUUUGAGACGGAGCCACCAUGUCUCUGUUUCAGCUGCCAGAAGACGUUCUGUACCUCGUCCUGUCCUUCUUGGACUGCAGGUCUCUGUGUCGCCUCGCUCAGGUGUGCAGGAGGAGCCAGCAGUUCACCUACCGCGAUGCGGUCUGGAGGAGGAUAGCGAAAGACUUCAUCAACACAGGAAUGACCCGACUAGGACUGGACCUGUAUCCUGGCAUUCCAUUAAAAGACAGAGUGAAGGUAUCCCAGAAUUGGAGUCGUGGUGUUUGUCGAAAAGAUGUCCUUCUGAAAUGGAAGAUUAACUUGUUGCCGUGGAUACAGCUGGAUGAUGAUGUGCUGUAUCUGUCUCAGGCAGCAGACAUUGGAGCGUACCAUCUCAGGGGUGCUGGAGGGGGGAGGUUUCAGCAUAAUAGGUUGGGUGUGUUUUCGGGACACGAAGAGGAUGUGUGUAGAUUUACUCUGACAGACGCACAUCUUGUCAGUGCUGGAGGGGAUGGGAAGAUAAUUGUUCAUGACAGAAAAAGUGCUGAAUCUGUGGCGUUUUAUGCCCAUGAGCAGGAAGUAAACUGCAUUGACUGCAAAGGAGACUUGAUCAUCAGUGGCUCACGAGACAGGACUGCUAAGCUGUGGGCCUUAACUCCAAAGCCAUUCGGCAGGCGUCUUCAUACCAUGCCUACCGAUGACCGAGUGUGGUCUGUGGCCAUUAGUCCCUCUUUAUGCACUUUUGUGACUGGAACUGCGUGCUGUGAAGACUUUGAUCCUCUUCGAAUAUGGGAUACAGAGAGGUGUCACCUGGUGUCUUGUCUCGGCUCCGGGUUCCGCAGAGGUGCAGGUGUGUUGGAUAUUGUGUAUGAGUCGCCCUUCCAGCUCCUCACCUGUGGAUAUGACACCUUUAUCCGCUACUGGGAUCUGCGUGUCUGCUCUAGCAAGUGCGUGAUGGAGUGGGAGGAACCCCAUGACAGUGCACUUUACUGUAUCAAGACUGAUAAGAAUCACAUGAUUGCCAGUGGCUCCUCCUAUUAUGGAGUGGUGCGCCUGUGGGACAAAAGGCAAACUCGCUGUUUGCAGAUGUUCCAGCUCACCUCCACCACCAGCAGCCCGGUGUAUAGCUUGUGCUUCAACACCACACACCUGUAUGCUGCCCUGUCCUCAGCCCUGUGUUCACUGGACUUUAGAACUUCGGGGUUCAGGCCCAGAAGAUAGAGCAGCACAACUUCUACACAAAGACACAGGUCCUCUCAAAGUGCACCUUGGGUUUCAAGCCCACAUUAAACAAAUCCAACAUAUCCUUUUAGCUCUAACAGCAGUUCUUUUGGCCUUUGACCUUCAGAGAUUUCAACUAGACACUUCUGAAACACCAUCAGAAAUAUCUGUGUCUCUCAUGGCCUUGCAUUGGCAGGGCAGAUAGUGGCAGAUAGUUGUCAUUUCUCCAGCUAUCUGUGUCACUGGCUACUGAGAGGGAGCGGUGGGAGCAGGGUUCACGACCUUCUGUGGCCUGAGUCUUAACGGACUUAACACAUUGCCAGUGACCUGUGGGACUUCUAAAACAAACACUGCUCUGAGCUGCCAGAAUGUCCUGUGGGGAUUUAUGCUGAAACAUAUACAGUAUAAUAACAUGCUAUUUUUUUCUAUUGUGUUGGAAAUGUAUAUUUUUCAACAGUGGGUCAGUUAGAUGAGGUUUGGCCUGGCUUCGUGGUUCCUGAGUCCUGAGUUUUUCACAGUUCUUUAUGACAUUGUGAAGCAGCAUUUUUUGUUGCAGCUUUUUUUCUGGAUGGAUGCCACCUGGGAUUUGAUUGCAUCAUUUGACAAAUAAAGAUCUUAGACUAUAUACAUAGUAAAAACCCAGGGUUUCUAACUUGUAGCUCUUUAACCACUGAUGUCUCAUGACAAGGAUGUUGUUGAAAAUGAUCAAUAAAAAAUAUUGAUUUAAAAAAAAAAAA